GCGCUAUUUUCAUCCCCCAAGAAGGUAUUCGAGGGUAUAACAUGAAUGGGUAAAGAAAAUACGUAAACAUUGCCUUUGUAGAUACUUUCACAAUCGGUUUCCAGGUGAGCGCGCCGCGCGUUCAUCUUCUUCAGCACAUUGACGUCAUCAGAACACAGCCGCUGGAGCCACUAUUGUCAAACACAUACAGCGUGUGCAGUGCGGCACACGCAAUGUUACACCAAAAACAAUCCAACUAACUAAGACAACCAUGCCAAAAUGAUCUUAAAUACCUCUUUGAUAAGGCAUACUAUCCAGGACGAACUCUGGAGGGCUUGAGUCGUUCGGGAAUCAAAAUGUUUUUAGCCCAACCGAUCCUGUUUUGAAGUACGCCUGCGCAAAAAACACUCGACGCUCAGAACGCGCUUUCAGUCAAAGUACGGCGGCGCGCCGGCUCGCGCGCUCGCUGCCUUUGGCCGGGCCUGGUACGACGGGUUUCAAUGAAAGACCCUUUUCAUCACUAAAAAGAGGCCCCUCAGAGCUUUAUUGGCACCCAUGCGUGGGUAAAACAUGUCAAUUCAACGCGCCGUGGAUGGACGGUAGGCGAAAACUGCGGCAGUGUCUUCCGUUAUACUUGUGAAUGUGAUUGACUGCUUUAAGAGUGUGCAGAUGUUUUGAUGAGGUGGCGCAACCAGAACGCUGUGUAAAUAUUGGUCUAUUCAAGCAAUAACUUAGAAACCCCGUAGUUCUAGACUAAGUCAAAUUCUUCCAUACGUGUAAACUGUGUUGUGUAAAAAUGUGUGUGAACCGUGUACUGUAGUGUAAAAUGGUGGUAAAAUGCCUGCGCGGUCGUCGUCGAGUUUGAUGCGACCGUUCGUGGUGCUGGCCCUGCCCGGAAUGUAUUUGCUGUACAAGUACAACCAGUACCGACAGCAGCAGAUGGAGACCGCGCGGCGCCGCGUCACUGAGCGGGAGCUUAUGCACCUUAACACCAAAAUCGAUAAGUUGCUCAAUAAGCUAGAGGAGAAUGAGCCAGAGUUAGCGUCAUCGCCCGAAGAAGAGUGUGUAAUAUGCGUGAACGCAAAAGCGACGAUGCAGACCUCGCCGUGCGGGCACCGCGUGGUCUGCCGUCGCUGCUUCGUGAAGACCAUCCAAAUGGCCGUCAGCCAGCGGCUGCUGCCACUCCGCUGCGUCAUCUGCCGCGCCAAGAUCCUGCGACUGCGGCAGGCGCCGCGGUUGGUCACUAGCAAGAGCUGGCAGGUGUCGAGUGGCAGCAGUAAAUCAUGGGGCGUGCCGGGCUCCGUCUCCAGUUACUCGGUGGGCGCGCGCUCCGUGCCCGCCUCCGCUUCGCUUUACUCUGUGACCAGCGGCGAGUCUUCCCUCUCCGGAGUGUCUUCCGUAUCGUCAAACAGUGGCGGCGUAAGCGCCGGCUGCUCGACGAAGCUCUGCGGCGGCGCCAAGUGCGGUGGAGCCUGUCUGGGCGCCGUGCCGCGCGCGCCGGCGCCCGCGACCGCCCCUCCGCGGGCCAGGCAGCCCGCGUCCAACUCGCUGCGGCGCUCGCAGCAUCAUAGCAUGAAGGCCCGCCUACAAGACUACCAAGUGCACAGCUACACGGGCGGGCCGGGGCCGGCGGGCGAGCCCUCGGGCCGGCUGCCCCCCAUCCGGGAGUUCCAGCGCGAGUUCCGCGAGGGCCGCCGCGAGAGCGCCGCCGCCUCCGCCUCCACUAGGAUAAGAUGCGCCCAAAAAAUAGUAACACAAUUAGAAACGUCACCGCAAAAAAACAAGGACCACUUCUUUCGACCGCUCAAAGCGCCGAGCAAAGACGACCCGCCCAAAUCCAGAGAUCAAAGCAAAGAGACUGAACGGAAAAAAGAUAACCCCAAAGCGAAGCCCAAAAAAGAAGACAAGAAAAAGAAAGAAGAAGAGGCUACAAAUCAAGAAGAUAAGAACAAGAAAGAUGAAAGCAGUGACAACAGAAAGAACGAAAUAGCGGAGCGGAAGAAGGAAGAGAAACUAAGGCUUAAAGCGGAAAAGGAAGCUAAGAAAGAAGCCAACAGGCUGGCUAAAGAGGAAGAGAGACAAGCUAAACUCUUAGCCAAAGAAGAAGAACGUCAGGCCAAACUAUUAGCGAAGGAAGAAAAGAAAAAAGCCAAGAAGGAAGCAAAGCUCGCGGCGCAAGCGGAGAAGGAGAAAAACAAAUGAACGUUUAAAUUUUUACAAUGUAGUACAUGUAGCCGUCUAGUAACUAGAUUCGAGUAUUGUUAUUGAGGGAAUCGUACAACAAUUUUAAUAGAACGUAUUCAACAAUACUAAUAGUCCAUAAUAUAGAGAAAUAAGUAAGCAUAGAGUGCACGCUUCAAACAUCAGUUUUAUUACCAAAACGCUUAUUAUUUUCGUACUCGACAUCUAGUGUCAAGUAGCGGAUUUAUCAGUACCGCUACUUGACACCAGAUGUCACGACUGUCACGACUGGCGAAAAGUGUAUUGCUCAACAAUUUACAACUAAUAUUACAAGCAAAAGGAGUUGAAAAUACAGUUCCGGUUAAUCCGGUUAUAAUAUUAGCUGAAAAUUGAUGAGCAUUAGACUUUUGUUUCGUCGCGACAUCUAUUGUCAUGUAGCAAUACUGAUAAUUCUGCUACUUGACGCUAGAUGUCGACUGCGAAAAUAAUAAGCGUUUAGGUAAGAAAACUGAUGUAUGGAGCGAGCACUCUGUGCUUACUUAUUUUUCUAUAAUAAUACACAGUUAUGAUUAACUACAAUAACAAAUAGGACGUAAUAAUAAACCGAGAAAUGUUUUGACGUUACUUCAUUUUAGUCGUUGCUUUGAUACUCAUUUAUAGGACAUUAAUUUAUUUAUACUUUUGUUACAAGCAGAAAACUGUUGUUUAAAUUAGGAAUGUUUAGUUGUAAGAUCUUUAAUUAUGAGCGGGGCUCGAACAAAUCAUGUGGAUGACGCAAAAGUGACGUAAUUUUGCCUGUGUGCAACAUGUACAUGUCGCACUAACUAACAAAAUAAUAAUAAUUGCGGAAGUUUUCAUUUUGUA